AUGAGUCGUAAACUACUUUCAUGCUUUAUAUCUGCUUUAAUUUUCACAGUAGCUUGCGUUGAUGCACAAUGGAAUGUCGUCGGCAAGUCGGGGGUCGCUGCUAUGCACGCUAUGAUGAUGACACCGACGACAAUACUAAUCAUCGACAAAGCUGAAAACAAUCCCGACGCAAUAUUACCUGACGGUACAACGACAUGGGCAGCCGAAUAUAAUCUCGCAACAAAUAAAUUCCGAUCAUUAAAAUUGUCCACCAACACAUUCUGCUCAGCUGGAGCAAUGUUUGGUAAUGGUACAUUUCUUUCGACUGCCGGUGGUGAACCAAGCAAGGUUGUCACUGCAGCCGAUGGUUACCGUGGCAUUCGUUACUUCCAACCAUGUGAAGACGGCACCUGUCAGAUCAUCGAAGUUCCUAGUUUGCUGAGCAGUGCUCGAUGGUAUAAUACAAUGGUUACGAUGCCAUCCGGUGAUAUUCUCAACAUUGGUGGUUCUACCGUGUCAACUGGUGCCAAUUCCGCAAGCAAGAAUAAUCCGACGUUUGAAAUACAUAGUCCCAAUUCAAAUAACCAAGCGUUCCAAAUCCAGUUUUUAGUCGACACCCUCCCGUAUAACCUUUACCCGUUUGUCCAUGUAAUUCCGAACGGGGUAUGGCAAGGCUACUAUUUUAUUUUUGCAAACAAAGCUUCAGUAAUAUAUGACAUUACAAAAAACGUAGCAGUUCAAACACUUCCUGAAGCGCCGGGUGGCAUUCGUUCAUAUCCGUGCACUGGAGGAGCGGCUCUGCUUCCGCUUGAUUACGUGGAUAAUUACAAUCCUCAAUUCCUUGUCUGUGGAGGACAAAGCGUUUUCAACCAGUUUACUAAUCCUGCCGAGAAUACGUGCGCUAGAACGAACCUUGGUUCUCCAAAUCCGACAUGGGAAGCUGACGAUUUUGGAGGCGUACCCAGGGUCAUGCCUGAUGUCGUUCAUCUUGCGGAUGGUUAUAAUGUGCUGUUCUUGAAUGGAGGACAAGUUGGACAAGCUGGAUAUAUCACCGGUGGAGGCACGCUCUUGUCUGAUAAACCCGCGUUUACGCCAGUUCUCUAUAGUAUGAAUAAACCUCUGGGACAACGAUGGACUCAACUUACCGCAGCAACUAUUCCUAGAAUGUAUCACUCGGUUGCCACUUUAAUUCCUGAUGGCUCGGUCUGGGUGGCUGGAAGUAAUUGCAAUCAGAACUACAAUCCAGGUGGCCCGUACCCUACUGAAUACCGUGUCGAAAACUUCGUACCACCAUAUCUUUCGGGCAACGCACGCCCACAGAUAACAGCGUUCAAUAAUCAAACGUCACUUAAUGCAUCUCCCAUACGAGUGACUUACAAUGUGGGCAUUCCCGUAACCUACACUCUUACCGGAACUCCAGGCACAAUCACAGCCACUAUAGUACAACCUGGUUUUCACACCCAUUCCCAAGGAAUGUCGAUGAGAAUCGUUCAUCUCCAAAUUACUAAUAUUGCAUCGUCUGGACAAAACACUUACACUGCUACCGUAUAUAUGCCUCCAAAUAAUUUCAUCUUACCGCCUGGCCCACAUUACGUCUUUAUUCUGAACAAUGGUACCCCAUGCACAAGCGCCGUAUGGGUUCUUAUCGGAUGGUAA